GAGUUAAUCGGUGUCACUCCACUUUCUGCUGAUAGGGGGCGGUGUGGGUCACCAUACCUGUACAGUAACAUGGCGGUCUGAUGUAGGCGGAAUGUGAGUUUCAGCAACCUGAAUCAGUGGAAACAGCGCGGGUGAUGUUUAUAUUUUACCAUUCGAGAAAGAAUAACGGCUGGAUUUAUAUGUCGGUUAUAUCUUCACGGCUCCGGUGAUCUCCCACAGUGUCCUUCCCGGUAGCAGAGUUUGGGACUCGAUCCUGAGUGGCCAGACUCUACCUUACCGGGUUUGGUGCGAGGCGUUUCAGCCUUCGCCACCGAGGAGGAAGCCUCGAUUUUAUGCAGGUUUCAGUUUGCAGCAGCAAGGCCAGAGUGAGAAGGAACUUGCCCCACACAUGAGGCAUCUGACAAGACAACCACUGCACGAGAAACCCAGGGCCUAUGGAUCCCAUUGACUCUGGACAAGGGCAAGAGAAGCCGUCAGAGCAGCAUUGCGAUUUAACACCCAGCUCCAGAGGACGACAACGGAAGAAAAAUUCAAAAUACUUUGAUUAUGAAACUGAUGACACGUUGAAUGUGCAAAGUGUCCAGCAAAGACCUCCUAGAAAGAGCUCAGGAGGAGGGGGAGCAGCGUCUAAAAAGACUCCAGCAAAGAGCGGAAAAGCUGAGAAUGCCACACAACAGACUGCAGAUGGGGAAAAGGAAGCAACUGACAAAACACCUCAAGAGUCUGAUGGAAAAAUCUCAGAGGAAACUCCUAAAAGGGCAGUGAGAGCCAAGAAGACCCCGACUAAAAAGACUCCCGUCAAAAAAACUCCUGCUAGAAAAACUCCCACCACUGAUGUGGGACUCCCAACCGGGGAGGGUGGAGUUCUAGAUACUGUGCAGCAGGAAAAUGGGACACCAAAGCCAAAGAGAAAGUAUGUGAGGAAGCAGCCUGCACAGGAAGUGGAACCAGUUACAGAACCACCAUGUAAGGAGAAAGGGGAAGGGGAACCUCCGAUUGAACCCGAGGAGGAGAUCCAACCAGGUGGCCGCCGCAGGAGAGGUGCUGCUAAAGCGGCAUUGAAGUACCUCCACAUUUUGGCAAAAGAAGUGCUUGGUCAUCCCAAUGAUGAGUCAGGUGCCAACAGUGAUAUCACCCGCACAGAACCAGAUCCAGUCACAGGGCGGAAAAGUCUCAAAGGAAGCAAAGGGCGUAAAGGCCAAAAGAGGAAACGUCUUGACUAUGACAGUGAUCCUGCUGAAGAUGAGGACUUCAUUCCAGAUGUUGAAGAUGAGGAGGUUGAGGAGAUGGAAGAUGAAGAAGAAGAAGCAGAGGACUCAGACUCGGACUCAGACUUGGGGACUGGUGGAACUUUUCACGUCAACAGGGCCUAUACAGGCCCGAAUGUCAAAACCCCCAACAGGCUCAACACCAACAUCAUGAGAACUGUUUGGGAAUCCACUGAGACGACCAAGAAAUUCCGGGAGGAGCACUUCAGCAGCUGGGUGUUCCCAGAGUGGGUCCCCUCCACCAGUGACUGGCAUCCUGUACCACAAAGUGAUUUGGAGAAAUACUUGCCUCAGGAGCUUCAGUCGGCUGCUUUCAAAGUGUCCAGAGAAGGCCUCAGUAAGGAGGAGACGCCUCAGCAAAGACUCAGCAGGUUCGCAGCAACGCCUGCUCACCCAGAUCGCUGGGACAUGUUGCUGUACGCAGGUGGACCGGUCUGGCCCAUGGAGUGGUGUCCUACACCUGAUGGUGCGCCAGCAUCCCAGUACAUAGCUCUGGCCUCCCAUCGAGGGAUGGACGACCGGCACUUUGUCAACAAGACAUACACCGGGCCUGGACUCGUUCAGCUGUGGGACGUGGGCAAACUGGAGUACAACAGCAGACCAGACUCCCAGCCAGCCUUAGCCUAUGGCUUGGCCCAGGACAAAGGCUUCAUCUGGCAAUUAAAGUGGUGUCCUGCAGGAGGCUGGGAGCCACCCAGCUGUGACAGAAAGGCUCCUUUCCUGCCCAGACUGGGUCUUCUGGCAGUUGCCUCCUCCUCUAGUGUGGUCACCAUUUACAGCCUGCCUCACCCUGAUGCUCUGCACUCCAACAAGAAACUAGCUAACUCGGGAAAAGCCACCCAACAGUUGCCAAUAUACCAGGCAGAAGGAGUGUUAACACUGAAGCUGGGCUCCUUCAAAGCCCCUCGCCAUGAAAGGAGUGGACAAGUCCUGUCUAUGGAUUGGCUGCCUGAAAAACCACACAAUAUAAUGGCUAUUGGAUUCUAUGAUGGUGUAGUCGGUCUAUGGGAUCUGUCCACGAAGUCUGCGCUGUUGCGUGUGCGACUGCCAGACGCGUCACUCAGCCUGCUGCCCUAUCGAUGCUUCCUGGCUCACAACCAUGCUGUCCGGGCCCUGGCCUUCUGUCCUGCCUCCAGAUACCUGUUGGUGACAGCAGGAGAAGACCGCUAUGUGAAGACAUGGGAUCUGAGGAGGCUCUAUGAUCCCAUCACUGUUCUGAAACGCAAUCUGACCAAUGAAAUCUAUUGGCCAUUGAAUGCACCUGGCCUCCUGUUGGCCCAGGAGAACGCCUAUGCAGCGAAUGGUUCACAUGGAGUCCAUUACUUUGACCAUAACAUGCGCGCCUACUUCACAAUUCCUAGGACAGGCACACUGUGGUCCAUAUCUUACACUGAUUGGUUGAACAGUGUGGUGACAUCAGACAGCCUUGGUGAGGUGAUCCUUGCCCUGUUACCUCAGAUAUGUUACAGUCCUCAAUACGUCAAACGCACAUUAGAGAGACGUUUUCCCAUCUAUUUAACAUCUCUGGUGCCUCAUGAUGCAACUAAAGAAGAAAAUCAAGAGAUGGGAGGAGUGGAAGAGGAGGGAGAUGCUGUUGAAGAGCAGGAAGGAGGAGACACAGAAGGACCGGAUGCUGGAUCUGAAGGAGGAAAUGAGAAUGAUAAUGAAAACACAAGAGAUGGAGGAAGACGUAGAAAGGAUAAAACUCCCCCUCUGCAGUUCCAGACAUACAAAGAGGCUGUGAAGAAAUACUGCCUCCACCUUACAGACAACAAUAUGCUGACCUUUACAGGAAGCGAGAAACGAGCUGUGUGGAAACGCAUGAAAGACACAGAGUUGAAGACAAAGAUAAACAUGGAUGAGAUGCCAUUGGCUGCACUACACAAGGUGCGUUUCAACCCGAACAUGUGCUGCCAUACCUGGGUGGUGUCGGGAGGCCAGACAGGGCUGGUCAGACUACACUGUCUGAGGAGUAUGAUCAGCUCCCAGGCCAAGAAGAUGAUAAGUGAAAACCAGGCCCAGUUUAACGCACUGUACUCGCCAAAAGACCAGAAGGAGGCCGUCCAAACUGUGUCAGAUGAGCUAUAGCAAGAGUUUACUACAGAAUCAGAAGGUGGAUCACACUGUCACACUUUGUGUAUGACUGCAAAAAAACACAAACCUCCAAAAAGUAUUUUUAAGAAUGAUGAAAACUAUAUUAAUAUUUCAUUAGCACAUACAGUAUAUGCUAUACAUUUGCUGUUUGUCAGCUGGGUUUAAUUCUGUUUCAAGAGUCUAAAGGCCUGCAAUGAUAUGAAACAAAUAAUCAACCAAUUCAACUUUAAACUUAAAUACAAAAAACUAAAUGAUUUGCAGGUUGUGUGGCAUUUCUUCAACAGCAGCUCAAUGGUACUCUUUCAUGAACUCUGAACCUGUUCCUCUAGUUGGAAUUCUGCCUGAAAGUGUUCCAGGUUAAUGGAGAACCGUAGGUAAGAGUUUCCUCCUAUAACCUCACCAUCUCCAAACUCUAAAAUUUGUGUUUGCACAGACUGAACACUGAACUGAACACCACUUUACUUCCCACCAGAUCGCUCAUAGACAUAAUUUUUCCAUCUUUUUCCACUGUUCACCAAAUUUUUAUCAAGUGUCAAUGGUGACAAUUUAUUUUUAUCCAACAUUUGAGCAGCAGUUUGGCAGUUAAGUGCCUUGCUUAAAGCGUACCACAUUAGCAGGAUCCACCUAAUAGUUAUUGAUUUUAAGUAGGUCAAGUAGGGUUUUUUGGUUGCUCCAGUAUCUCCUAUUUGGCAUACAAAUUGCAAAUGGAAAACAUGGCAGUCAAUCCAUUGUUGACAGCACUCCAAGGUAAUAGAAAUGUAAAUUAUUAGCUGCAUUCACUGUCAACUGCUCUCAGGAAAAGUAAUUAAUACCUGCUGCUUUUUUAAUUGAUGAUAAUAACAACAACUGAAAAUCUUAAUUUUGCUGACUUCCAGUGAUUUAAGGUUGUCUACAGUGAUGUGGAAGUGUACUUCAGUGUGUGUCAGUACACCGUGACAUCACUGUUGGGUGUGGUUACAGGUGUAAAGGACUUGAACCUUGGUUUGUUAUUCUAAAAAAAAGUGAAUACAUUCAAAAUAACAAAAACAUGCAAACUGUUUCUUUUCAGUUCUGUCAUAAUGCAAAGCAGGCAUUACUCAUUAUUAUUCUUCUAUAUGUCACUAGUUGGUGUGAAAAUUCUAACAAAAGUGUUUCUGGUCACAAAAUGGAAGAUAUGAAGGACUCAGUUGCAAAAUGUGAGAAACUGGGUAAACCUUAAGGCUUUCUUGUACAUUAUUUUGGCAAACUUUUACUUUUGUCAUCAGCAACACAUUCCACUGCAGUUUAUGUGAAUUUCUGUCUUCAGAUUUGUUGGCCUUAAUAGCAAGAGCGUGCAGCAACAGUAGCAGUAUCACUCUUUCACUCGUGGUCACACAACGAUCAUUAUAGCGUGUGCUAGUGUUGGUCUCUUGAUAACAUGCUAUUUAAUUUUUUUUUUCUUUUUUUUUUUUUUUUUUUACAAUACCAUAAAGAUGGUUUAUGGUUGAUUAUUUUUUUAUAGCACCCCCAUAAUCUCCUCCCACCUCACUGUUGAUGUUUUAAAACUGUGAACUGUGCUGAGUUUCAAAACAUCUACAGCAAGCUGAGGAAAUUGGAUCGUCUGUUUAAGCUCAUUUUUGCUGCUGUAUUUUUGUAAUUGAUAAUUGUUUUGUUUUACCACGUCAAGAACAACUCAGGCUAUAACUGAGAGGAAAUACUUGAAUUUUUUUAUUGUAACUCUGCCGGAUGUAAUGUUAAUAAAUGACAAAUUUUAGGUCUUUUUUUUUUCAUUGUUCCUUUCUUUACCUGUUGAACCUACUCAUUCUUUUUUUUUUGUUAUAACAGCUGCAGUAUUGUGACAUGACCUCAUUUAUUUUUCAGUGUCUACAAAAUAAAUUAGAAAAUGUUAUUAUUUACAGAAGCAGCUGUCUCCUUUUUAGAGGUUGUCUAACACAUGUUUUCCUCUAAGUUAAAUUAGGGGUUUGAAAAUGUGCGUAUCAGUUUUGUUUUUCCAGUUAUUUACAAAUCUCAUUGACAGUUUCAGAAUGAUGUUUAGUAAACACCAUGAUAAUGUUUUCAGUGAUGAAAAAUAGUUCAUUACUGACAAUAUUAUCCUUAACUUGUAAAUCAUAAAAAUGAUCAUAAAAGCAUCAAAAUGUACAGUG